AUGCUCCGCGUGGCGCUUCACUACACUUCCACAUCGUGCAGCCUCUCCACAGCUGCAACUCCCUGCGCGCCCUUCACCCCGCUGCCCAAACUGGGCAAGAAAUGGAGCGAGUACCAGGGCCUCAACUACUGGAGCGGCCUCCUCGACCCAAUCGACGACACUCUGCGAGCCGUCAUUCUCAGGUACGGCCAGUUCGUCGACGCCGCCUACGACUCCUUCGACUUCGAUCCUUCCUCCCCUGCAUACGGCACCUGUAAGUUCACCCGCGCCUCCCUCCUCUCCGGCCGCGGCUUUACCGGCUACCGGGUCACCAAGUUCCUCCACGCCACCUGCGGCCUCCACCUCCCUCGCUGCCGCUGGACGCCCUCCCCCCGCUCCACCUGGAUCGGCUACGUCGCCGUCUGUCAGGACAAGGACGAGAUCGACCGCCUCGGCCGCCGCGAUGUCGUCAUCGCCCUCCGCGGCACCGCCACCUGCUUGGAGUGGCUGGAGAACCUACGCGCCACCCUCACCUGCCUCGACGACUGCGGGGCCGGCGACGCGCGCCCCAUGGUGGAGAGCGGCUUUCUCAGCAUGUACACCUCCGGGACUGCCACGUGUCCCAGCCUCCAGAGCACCGUCAAGGCCGAGGUCGCCAGGAUCAUGCGCACCUACGGCGCCCACGGGGAAGCGCCGCUCAGCUUCACGGUCGCCGGCCACAGCCUCGGAGCCGCGCUGGCCACGCUCGCCGCCCACGACAUCAACUCCACGUUCGCCGACGUGCCAAUGGUGACGGUCAUGUCCUUCGGCGGGCCCCGGGUGGGCAACAGAAGCUUCCGCCGCCGGCUGGAGAGGGGUGGAACCAGGAUACUUAGGAUCGUCAAUUCCGAUGAUUUCAUCACCAAAGUGCCCGGCUUCGUCGUGGACAAUAGUAAAAAUAAUAAUAAUAAUCACAACAACAGGGCUGGUGAGUUCCCCAUGUGGGUGAAGAAGCGCGUGGAACACACUCCGUGGGGUUAUGACGAGGUGGGGAAGGAGCUGCAGCUGAGGAGCGGGGAGUCGCCGUACAUAUUCAAAAGGGAUGUCGCCACGUGUCACGAGCUGAGCACGUAUCUCCACUUGGUGGAUGGGUUGGCGAGUUCCACGUGUCCGUUAAGAGCCACGGCAAGGAAAAUGUUCAACGAGGACUUCUGGUGUGGAAAGGUUGGGAUAUUUUAG